UCCUUUACAGGUCCGAACUCCAACCAAAGACGUCGAGGUCGACAAACGUACACGCGGUUCCAGACUCUAGAACUGGAGAAAGAGUUCAAGUUCAACCGUUACCUUACCCGUAGACGCCGGAUCGAACUGUCUCACAUGCUUUGCCUCACCGAGCGACAGAUCAAGAUCUGGUUCCAGAACCGCAGGAUGAAGGAGAAGAAAGAACUGCAAGCCAUCAAAGAACUGAACGAACAAAGCAGAACUCACGAGAAAACAGCUGUGAGUACGCAGCAAUCCCAACAACAGCAGCAGCCGUCUUCGGGGAAAAGCGAGGACAAAUCUUCCUCCAUCUCCUCGCAACACGCUCUCGAGUCACCGAACAGCUCAAGUUCGGAACAGAGCUGAAGAGGGACUAUAACUUCUUCUUCUCGUCGAACAGCUUCAUUUUGGAACGGGGUUUAUUUAGAGAGAUUUCUUCUUAUUGUUACAAUGGCAAGGAGGUACUGAGAUGAGUGUAACUCCAUGGUACUGUUGUUUUACAGACGCCUGGACAGAGUCGUCCCAGACAGCUCAUUCCAGAGUGGGACAGAGACAAAAGUUACAUCUUUUAACAGAUGACAGUUAGAUAAACUACGAAACAACACAACAAACACAGCAUAGUGAUCUUUGGGUUAUUUUAAGAUAGAGCAAAUAUAGGAUUAAACGUUUCAGAAAGAUCAAGGACAAUCAGAUGGCAUUGAAAAAACGAGACAGUUAUACAAAAAUACUGCAAAAUUAGGUCUUUAAACAGUAUGGCCAUCGUACCGGGCGAACUGCCCACAGAAUACCUCAAUGGAUUCAACACAGUGUUCACAUAGUUCCACCUGUGUGCAGAAAUUCAUUGAGACUUUUCAACAAACGUCGCUAUAAAAGACAUUAGCAGUCAAAGGGCGUUAAAGCUCCACCAUUUCGCACAUUUCGACACCAGCCUCACCCAUAGACUUGAAUGAUAAUGUCCUAGACCGGGUCCUGUCAUGGCUGCCAUUUUUUGCUCUCUAGAAAAAGGACCAUGGACGCGUUUAAAGAAGUCUAGCUAUAAUCAAAUGCUCACGGAACUGAUAGAGUCAACUGUUGCACUCCCUAGUGAACCGGAUUUACGUAAGGAGUGCCUAGUCCUGGAUAUAAUGAUACAAGUCUAUGGUGUCUCCUCAAACAGUAGGUGUACAGAGAUAGUCAUAAAAUGUUAUUAUGAGCUCCAGGGUUCUCGUCACCCCAAUCGACAAUCGUUGAAGACUGUGGAGACUCUCUGCAAGAUUUUCAGCUUUGUUCUCCUGCACAAAAAAAACUGCCAAAAUUUUAUGCGAAGAAUGUGCUUCAGUGUGUAAAGAUGUAACGACCGCAUCAAAUAUUUAUUUUAAACGACAUUCUUUUUACCUCAUCACAAAGCGCCAAUUUUGUUAUAAUAUUAUGAAUAAGGUAAUAUUUUUAUGAUUAGUCCAUAGUAGCAAUUUGAUCUUGCGUAAUGACAUAUCUGCUGUCUGCCGUUUUACAUAUAUGGCAAAAAUGUAAUGUUUUUCAACAUAGUGUAAUCAUUUCUAGCUGUUCCAUGCACAUUUUCUAGUUUAAGUGUCCGCCUGUUUUCCACAGUCCCAAGAAAUACCUGAGAGAUGUUUGGCUUAACCAAAUAGUUAUCGCUUUAACUUUUUGACUAACUGUUCUUGAAGAAAUAAUCUUCGUCAUCAGACACAUUCAACAUCUGUCUAUUGCUUUCUCAUUUUCCAAAAAGGGUGGGGUACAAGAAAAACGACUAUAAUGCACCAAAACAUUUGCAGCUGUUGCACUUCUGGUUUGUUUCAAGAAGUUGCAAAGAAAAGUAGAAUGAUAUCAACACUUUGGCGAAAAUGUUCUUUUAGAAACCCCUAAGUCUUGUUAGAAAAAAAAAAGACACCAAGGACGUUUACUCUUUGUAUGUUUGUUGGAUUCCUUUUCUACAUUACUCCAUAAAGUCCCUUUCUGUGGUAGACAAACAGAGCAGGGUGAGAAAGGGAGUAGUCACCAAGCACGAGUGGUCACAGAGAGUGAGUGGUCGCUUAAAGUCAGUGGAUCCGUUCCAUACGUCUCAUCAUUCAUUUUCUGUGGAAGAGUACUGCCAAGCCAAACAUUCUUUGUACAUAUCUUGUACGUAUACAGACGCCCAAAAGGCGGUACCCACUUUCUUCAGCGUCGGACGCCCAUCGGCGAACACAUCAUCAUUCUACAUUAGCAGAAAAAUACGCUAGAACGUGUUAAUUCAUCUAUCUCAAGAAA